UGUCUGAAACGUAUCAUAGAACUAAGAGCAAGUGUCCGUGGCCGUUGCUGUGACUUAAAGGCUUCGAACGAGGGAGAGACCUAACUAAGCGACAGACACGUGUUUGCUGCUUGACGUCACCGCUGACAUGGUCCGUAUAUAAGGGACGAUGUCGCAUGGCCGGCUGCCUUGCACAGAUGACCGCUGGCGAGAGUUCGUGGCUGCAGGAUUCCAGAAAUGGUUCGGAUAGCGUCGACGAGUGGUCUGCAGCUGCUGGUCAUCAGCGCAACCCUUUUGUCCCUGGCGUCACUGGGCUUCGCAGGGGCGUUGCCUCUGAUAUUCCACUACGACCCGUUGAUUGCCGAAGAAAGCCAGCAGCAGGAGCAGCUGUCCAUCACGCCUUUUGUAGUGAAGGCACCAAUGACACAACAAGGGAGCGAAGGACAGCCUGAGACUUCUGACGAACGGCAAGCACUGCCGGCGCUCGCCGUACGACAUGGGCCGCAGUACAGCGGGAUGACCGCGUCGCAGCCUGCGAAGAGGCACGCUCACCGAGGCCCAGUGAGAGCAGUCAUGCCACAGCCGACUCGCUACCAGCUGUCGCCGGCCACAGCGCAGGCAUCGUACGCACCGGCACAGCAAGGAGAUCUGCAAGGGUCCGCCACGGGCUACGGCAAUCAGGCCGAAGGCUACCUCGACAUGGGUGCCUACUCAAGCGGCUACGGUGCCUUCGGCUGGUACGCCGAUUACCCGGUCGGCGGAGGGUUUCACUAAGCCCGCGUUACACGUUCGCGUAGGCAAGGAACACAGGAUGCAUACGCGAAUAUCUCGGCAAGUAUCUCUAGAGAUUACACAGCUACCAUAGUUAUUCAAAAGAAAAUCGGGAAAAAAGUUAUUGUAGACAUUACGAGAAAACAAAUGAAGCUGGGUUGCGGGCCAAGUAAUGCGAAGGGCAUACGACCGAUGGUCUAUUAUAGUUACAGAGCGGAUGCCAAAGGAAAUGAAAAUUGGUCGCAUACUGCAGAGCAUUAGGUGGUGUACUCAAAUUAGGAAACUUGCAUGCAUAGGACGGGGUCAGCUGAUGCAACAAAGGGGCGAUUGUAGAUCGCUGUAUGAGGCCUUCGUCCCGCAGUCCGCAUAAAUAGGCGGUGAUGAGGAUAGUGUAGAUUGCGUCAGGACAGAGUGAUGAAUUACACACCUGGGAUUUUGAGUGCGUUACAGUUAGCAUAGCGCGUUGGAAAAGUAAAGCGCGCAAAGAGGCGCCAGUUUACGCAUUUCCUGAAAUGAAAUGCCUAAUAACCACCAUAACUGCUUCAUUUCUUGCUGCAAAAGACUGUUUACAGGGAAGCUAUACCACAUAGGAAAAACAACCCUCCAAAGAAACGAAAAUAAUAAAUUCACCCUGGAAAUAGCUGCAUAAGAGAUAAAAAAAUUUCUAUUAAUUUCCAAAUGGAGCUCGAUAUAACGUCAAUGCUACGUAUAGGUCCGACGUGUGAGAGUUUCAUGGAGAUAAGUUCCGCUCCCGAACGGAGUUUUCGUCCUCUAAUUAAUUAGCUGCAUAGGCCUGGAAACAAAUGCUGAGAGGCUCCGAAGAAGGUAAUGCCUGGUAAUGCUACGAAUCUAGCCUGCUUAAUCGUUUGGCUCCAUUGUCCACCUCAUUAAAUGUAAAGUGCGAAAACACGCCAAACGAGCUACAACUGAUGGAGUAGCUAAUGGGUUAGCAUGCAGUAAAAACAGUGAGACUAUGCAUGUAGGCAGGUUCGACGCUGUUUUCUGCCACAACUUUUGAUAUCAUUAGUAAAGAUUUUUUAGUCUACCUGACAUUCUAUAGCAGGCGUCGGAAGAACGACCACGGAACUACUCGAAAGAUGGCAGCUUCCGAUAGUUCCACGUAUUUUCUGUCGAAACAUUUCACAAGCAGAUGCCGGGAAUUAUAUUUAUAGAGAUGCCGACUUUUACUUCUCGCUCGUAUUUCCCCAUUUUACGUAAUCUAUUUUUCUUAAUCACAUCGUAUUCUACUGCGCCAUCCAAUAUCGACAAGUUCAAAGUGACACUAACAUGGCGAUUGUUCGGGACUAUGAGCACACAAAUUUAUGGCAGAAAGAAAGCAAUGCAAUACAGAAAAAAAUCAUUAAUAAAUAUGAUGAGAUGAGUACAGCAUAGAAGCUCAUAUUUUAUUCAACAGAAAGCGGUAC